AGAGACUUGGAUGUGUAUGAGAGCGUGAGUGAGUGUGUUUAUUAGGGUAAUCGUGGGAAUUCGAAGGAGUGACACCUGCAACUUUCUCCUUCACACACAGAGAUGGAGAGGAAUAAACUGACUGGAUGGAGUAGAGGAACUCUUGUGAUCCUUUUCCAUUUCGCAGUGUAUGUGAGUGUGUGUGUAGGUGAGGCGGGUCGCUGCAGUGUGUUUGGCUGGCAGAAUAUCCAUUCAUUUGAUGGAGUUCUCUACCAGUUCUCUGGAGACUGCAGCUACAUGCUGGCAGGAGACUGCCACAAGAGGACCUUUACCAUCUUGGGUGACUUCUCUAACGGCAAGCGGAAAGGUGUGACUCUGUUUCUGGGAGAGUUCUUUGAGCUGCGUCUGUCAGUGGAUGGGACUCUGUCCCGCGGGGCUGAGAGACUCCACCUUCCGUAUGCCUCCAGCUCUGUGUUUGCUGGGCGGGAGCUGGGUGGGGUGAGGCUGUGGAGUGAGGAGUUUGGCUUCUCGGUGCGUAUCGACGGAGACAAGAACAUUGACAUCACACUCUCCAAGCACCAUGGCAACCGCACCUGCGGCCUCUGCGGCAACUACAACAGAUUACCUGAGGACGACUACACCUCACGGGAGGGGUUUUUAACAGACGACUCAUAUGAUUUUGCCAACUCCUGGAUGAUGAACGGAGCAGAACCCUGCAAGCGUGUGACUCCUCCCUCUGAGACUUGUAAUGCCACUGGGGAGACAGCAAAGGAGCUCAUGUCCGAGUGUGAGGUGUUCCGCUCCUCCGCCGUGUUCCUGCACUGCGCUCACGUGGUGGACCCGGCCGCCUUCCAGUCGGUGUGUGAGCGCAGUGUGUGUCACUGCGGCGGCAAGAGGGAGUGUGUGUGCGACGUCCUGCAGGAGUACGCCCGCGCCUGUGCCCAUCACGGCAUCACGCUGCACGGCUGGAAUGAGCAGGCCAGAUGUGCUCCCAAGUGUCCGGUAGGAAUGGAGUAUAGUGUGUGUGCUCAGUCCUGCUCAACCACCUGCCAGAGCCUCAACAUUCCAGAGGUGUGCCGGGAGGAGUGUGUGGACGGCUGCAAUUGUCCAGUUGGUAAGGUGCUGGAUGGUGAGAGGUGUGUGGAUGUGUCCCAGUGUUCCUGUGUGCACACAGGCAAGCGUUACCCCCCAGGAUCCAGCAUCUCUCAGGACUGCAACACCUGUGUGUGUCAGCAUGGCUCCUGGCAGUGUACAAAUGAAGGUUGUCCAGGUGAAUGUUUUGUGACUGGUCAGUCUCACUUUAAAACCUUUGAUGACAAGUUCUUCACCUUCAGUGGCAUGUGCCAGUACCUCCUGGCCAAGGACUGCAGCGAGAGUUUAUUUUCAGCUAUCAUAGAGACCGUGCAGUGCGCUGAUGAGAAGGAUGCUGUCUGCACGCGCUCAGUUAGCCUGAGAUUUCCUCAGAUGGCCAAUCAGACGGUUCGGCUGAAGCAUGGGGGCGUGGUGUCAGUGGAUGGGAUGGAUGUACAGACACCACUCAUAAAUGGUGAUCUGCGUGUGCGGAGGACAGUACACACCGCUGUAAGGUUGUCUUACAGGGAUGACUUAAGCCUGGACUGGGAUGGCAGAGGGCGAGUGGUACUUAGGCUGGGUCCGGGCUUUGCGGGUAAAACCUGUGGCAUGUGUGGCAACUACAACGGUAACCAAGGCGAUGACUUUUUGACCCCGGGCGGUCUGGUGGAGGGCCGCGUGGAGGGCUUUGGGAACGCCUGGAAGAUCCACCCGGAGUGUGACAACCUCCACAACCAGCACACGGACCCCUGCAGCCUCAACCCAAAGAGAGUGAUGUUUGCGGAGGAGUCCUGUGCCAUCCUGCUGUCUCAUAAGUUCGAGGCGUGCCACUACGAGGUGAACCCGGCGCCCUUCGUGAAGAACUGCCGCUACGACCUGUGCUCCUGCGCAGACGGCCACGAGUGCCUGUGCUCCGCCGUCAGCAGCUACGCAGCCGCCUGCGCAGCCAGGGGAGUCCUCAUCCACUGGAGAGAGAACGGAUACUGUGAGAUGGUAUGCCCAGGGAAGCAGCAAUAUCAGCUGUGUGGGAGUGUGUGUAACCAGUCGUGUCGCUCCCUGUCUCUGCCGGACGAGGAGUGUGCGGAUCUGUGUGUGGAGGGCUGCUUCUGCCCGUCCGGCCUGUUCCUCAGCGACAGUGGCGAGUGUGUCCCCAAGGAGGAGUGCUCCUGUCACUACGAUGGAGAGAUCUACCAGCCCAAUGACGUGUUUGCUGACCACCACUCGAUAUGUUACUGUGAGGUUGGCUCAAUGCGCUGCACUUCUAAUGACCAUCCAGGAGCCAUGAUGUCUGACCUCUUCUUUGAUGAGUUCUCACCUUCCAGAGAGCGGCGCUCCGUCUCCUGCCCCCCUCCUCUAGAGAAGCUGGUGUGUGAGUCUCCUCGAGAUCAGGGUAUAGAAUGUGCCAGAACCUGCCAGAACCUAGACCUGGAGUGUGUGAGCCAAGGAUGCACCUCUGGCUGUGUGUGCCCUCCAGGAACGGUUCGUCAUAGGAGAGACUGCAUUCCCCCAGACCAAUGCCCUUGUUUCCAUAACAACCGAGCAUAUGCUCCAGGGGAGUCUGUCAAGAUGGACUGUAACACUUGUGUGUGUCAGGGGCGACGCUGGGACUGCACCAAGAAUGUGUGUGAUGGAGUGUGUCGCACUGUGGGGGAGUCUCAUUACAUCACAUAUGACGGACUGAAGUACACUUUCCCUGGACGCUGCCAGUAUGUUCUCACACAGGACUACUGUAAUGGAUUAGACGGCUCUUUCCGUGUGCUGGUGGAGAACUCGGCCUGUGGGGUGGUGGGCCUUCGGUGCAGGAAGAGCGUGACCGUGUUCUAUAAGGGUGGAGUAAUCAGCAUGGAGCAUGAAGAGGUGCGUAUGAAGAGGCCUGUGCUGAGUGGAGUGAGGGUGGAGAUUGUGAGGUCAGGGCUGUACUACAUCAUUCUGCUGGGCUCGGACAUCUCCAUCACCUGGGACACAGCCACCAGACUGGACGUGCGCAUCACCGGAAAAUACAGGGGUAAAGUGUGUGGGUUAUGCGGCAACUUUGACAGCGUCCAGAAUAAUGACCUGCUCAGCAGUAACCAGCAGAUGGAGGUAGAGCCUGCUGACUUUGGCAACUCCUGGAAGACCCAGCCCAGCUGUGCUGACGCCACACCGAUGCCAUCCCAGUGCAGUGCAGACAUGGUGAAGCUUGUGACAGUGGAGCAGUCCUGUCGGGUCCUCACCAGCCCCAUCUUUAAAGAGUGCAACAGUGUGGUGGACCCAGAGCCCUAUUGGGAGAUCUGCACUCAUGACUCUUGUGCGUGUCCGUCUGUGGGAGACUGUGUGUGUUUCUGUGAUGCCAUCGCUGCCUAUGCACACACCUGUAGCCAGAACGGGGUGACCGUACACUGGAGGUCCAACAAGCUGUGCCCACUGAGUUGUGAGGAUCUGAAUCAGGGCUCUGAGUGCCAGUGGAAGUACAACGCCUGUGCGGAAGCUUGUCCGUUGUCAUGCCAACACCCAGAGCAGCUUCACUGCCCUCAAGUGUGUGUGGAGGGCUGUCAUGCUACCUGCCCACCAGGCCAGGUUCUGGAUGAGGUGUUGCUGCGGUGUGUACAGCCUGAGCAGUGUGAGGUGUGUAUGCACGAGGGGGAGAGAGUGUCCCAUGGAAAACACAUCAUCCUCAACCAUGACAACCCUGACCUCUGCAAGAUCUGCCGCUGCGAGAACAACACCCUCACCUGUGAGCCCUGCCCGGCCGCGGGCGUGUCCACCACCGCCCUGCCCCCCACCACCCUCUUCACCUCCCCGGCGCCCCUCCUCUACUCCACGGCCAUGCCGGACGACGGCUGCGACCGGGCCAUGGACCUGGCCUUCCUGGUGGACGGCUCGACGGCGCUGAGCGAGGAGGACUUCUCCGCCGUGCGGGCCUUCAUCUUCAGCGUGGCCGACCGCUUCCGCAUGGGCUCGGCCCACACGCGGGCCACCGUGCUGCAGUUCCACUCCGGCGUCAAGAGCUACGACAUGCAGGUGCAGAAGUGGAUCUUCAGGAAGAUGGUGCGCGAUAUGAAGUACAGCGGCGGCGAGGUGGCGUAUAUCGACGAGGCGCUCAAGUACCUGGCCGUCUACAUCUACGACAAGGACAAGCGGGCGCACGCGGGCAGAGUGGCCAUCCUGCUGGUGGCCAGCGCCAACCCGCGCGCCAUGCGCAACACGCAGCGCCUGCUGCGCAAGAAGAACAUCACCGUGCUCACGGUGGCGCUGGGGCCCUACGUGGACAUGGCGCAGGUCAACGACAUCACCAAGGCCACGCCCAGCAGCCGGGCGUACGUGCUGAGCAGCGCGGCCGAGCUGCAGGAGCAGGGGCCGGCCAUCACCGACUACCUGUGCACGCUCGGCCUGGACCCGGAGACGCCCAAGCCCAAGGUGCCCGUCCCCGAGAAGCCCCAGCCGGCCGCGCCCACGCAAGGGCAGCCCCAGCCCCGGCCCCAGACCACGAUGCCGCCUGUCGUGCCCGCUACCACCCCGGAGAGCGCCGGAAUACUGGCCCCUGUGUUCGUCACCACCACCGCUGGUCCGUCCCGUCUCCCCGCGCUGACCACAACAUCCCCCGUCCAGCUGACGCGAAGCCCCGGCCAGGAGACGGUGGACCUGGUGUUCGUGCUGGAGGGCUCGGACGCGGUCGGCGAGGAGGACUUCAACCGCACGCGCGACUCGCUGGUGGAGGUGGUGACGCUGCUGGAGGAGGAGUACACCAUCACCAUCAUCCAGUACUCGGAGACGGUCACCGUGGAGAUCAGCUCCGUGGAGAUCCGUCUGCGGCGGGAGGAGCUGCUGGAGCGCAUGCGGCAGAUCCGCUGGGCGGGCGGUCCCAGGACCGACACCGGCCACGCCAUCCGGUCGCUCGAGACCGCCGCCACGCAGAGGCCCAGUCACGCGCCCGAUCAGCUGGUCUUCCUGGUCACGCAGAACCCGCCCACCGACCAGAUCCAGAGGCCCGACAGCUCCGCCCACACGCAGGUGUACCCCGUUCUGAUUGGCCAGAAGGUGCGGGAGGUGGAGCUGGAAAUAUUGAGUUUCCCCCGGAAGCCAAUCGUGCUGCAGAAGCCGGAGGACCUGACCUCACUGGGCCCCCUGCUGUUGAACUUGACGCAUGGCAGGCGCCCACUCCUGCCCACACUGCCCCCUCUGGCCACACUACCGCCUUCAGUCCCUUGCUCUAAGCCCAUGGACGUCCAGUUCCUUUUGAGAGCAUCUGAGGGCCGCUUGGAGGACUUGAAGACCUUUGUGAGAGCAUUCAUUCAGAAUACAGACAUCGGUCCGAACAGCACACAGGUGUCUGUGCAGGUGUACGGUGAUAAAGUGGUGGAGGAGAUCUCCUGGGCAGAUGAGCAGAACUCUGACAAUCUACUGAGACGUCUGGAGAGCAUGCACAUAACUCCAUCAACUACAUCCAGACUGGGUUCUGCUUUGCGAUCAGCUGUUCACACAGCUGUAACCUCAGCCAAUGGGGGGCGAGUGGGCGUGCCCAAAGUGGUGGUGAUGGUAGUGACGGACAGGUCAGUAGACUCGGUCCAAGAGGCAGCUAGUGAGGCCCUGACUGGAGGUGUGGCAGUGUUUCCCGUAGGCGUGGGGGCAGAGUUUGAUCAUAAUGAACUGAGCACGCUCGCUGGGGCACACACUCCCACCAACGCCAUCCAGCUGAGCAGUACGGACGACCUCAUCGCCAUGGCAACACUCGGACACACCUUCUACGACAAACUGUGCCGAGCUGGUCCUCCAGGAGUGUGUGUGGAUGAUGAGGGCAACCAGAGGAAGCCGGGAGAAAGCUGGCAGCUGGCAGACGGGUGUCAUACCUUACUGUGCAACCCAGGGGGCGCUGUGACCAUGCAGAGCCACAAAGUCAACUGUGAGCGCAUGGAACCACCAGCCUGCCUGGGCAACAUCAAAGCUGUCAAAGUACCAGAGGCCUGCGGAUGCAGCUGGCAAUGCCCAUGUAUGUGUAUUGGCAGCUCCUCCAAUCACAUCGUGCCUUUUGGAGGGGCUGCUCUGAAGCUGGAGGGCUUCUGUUCUUAUUCGCUGAUUCAGCUGGGAGGGGCGGAGAUUAUUCUUCACACCACCCCCUGUGAAUCACUAUCCAAUCAGAUCUGCAUGAAGUCCAUGGAGCUGAAAGGGGGCGGAGCUAAUGUGGUGCUUCAGGAUGACAUGAAGGUGAGCGUGGAUGGAGCCGUGACCCCUGUGCCGGUGCGUGUGGGCGGGUUGGAGGUGACUCAGUUUGGGGCGGUGCUGCACCACCUGAGAGCAGCGCACCUGGGCCUCACCAUCACCUUCACUCCCCAGAGCAACGAGUUCACCAUCACCCGGGAUAUCGCCAUGGCGGCCAACACCACCGCCGGCAUAUGUGGUUCAUGUGGUAACGAUCAGCUGUUGCUGAGUGACGGCUCGGUGACCUCCGACCCCGAGCGUUUCCUGAGGUCGUGGGUGGUGGGCGAGUGUGCGCCCACGCCGUCGGACAUGUGCGUGCCGGGCGUGGCGCUGCGUUGUGCCGCGAUGACCGGUGCCACUUUCCAGCCGUGCCACGCGCUGGUGCCGCCGGAGCCCUACCUGGCCCUCUGCCAGGAGAGGGCCUGCCACCCCAGAGAUGUGUGCGACCUCGUCUCCGCCUACAGCAGUGUGUGUCACCAGCAGGGCGUGUGUGUGGACUGGAGGACCCCCGACCUGUGCCCAAUGUCCUGCCCCUCCGCCAUGCAAUAUCAGGCGUGUCGGACCGGAUGUGUGGAGGAGUGUGAGCGUGGUCCGGGGUCUCCGGGCGGCAUGGUAGAGCUGGGAGACGGCAUCCCCAUGGGCAACGGCCCUCAGUGCUUCAGCACGCCCACCGAGGGCUGCUUCUGUCCCCAGGGCACCGUCCAGCGGGGAGCGGAGUGUGUGAGCAGAGAGGCCUGCACGGAGUGUGUGGACGCCAACGGACACGCGCACCCGUAUCUGCAAAGCUGGUCUCCCGAUGACAACCCUUGCCUGAUGUGUGUAUGUCUGGAUCAGAAGCAAAUCAACUGCACUGUUCUCCCAUGCACAAACUCUAAAGCUCCUGUUUGUGGCCCCUGUGAGAUUCUCAUGGAGAAGAAGUCAAGCUGUUGUCCAGAGUAUGAGUGUGUGUGUGACGACAAGUGUGUUCAUCCUGAACCUCCCCGCUGUGAGAAUGGCCAGAGUCUCUCUCUCACCAACCCAGGAGAAUGUGCACCCAUCUAUGAAUGUGUCUGUAAGAAAGAGGAGUGUUCUCUGGUGACUCCACCCACCUGCCCCACCUAUCGACGCCCCUCUGUGACCAAGACACAGUGCUGUGACGUGACGGAGUGUGUGUGUGACUGCCACAACUCCACCAAGACCUGCCCACCUGGACACAUCACCAUAGCAGUCACCAACGACUGCGACUGCACCGAAGUGUCCUGCGAGCCAGACAAGGUGUGUGUGGUGGAGGGAGUGGCCUACCAGGUGGGCAGGCACUGGGAUGACGGCUGUAAGACCUGCAGCUGCACGGACAGUAGAGAUGAGUCCACCGGCCUUCACAUCGUCCAGUGCCUGAACCAAGUGUGUCAGAACGACAUCUGCCCGUUGGGAUCUUCUUUCUCUCAAGCAGAUGGGGAGUGUUGUGGCAAGUGUGUAAGGUCUAGCUGUCUGGCCGAGGAUGGAUCACUCAAACAGGUGGGGGAGAGAUGGCAGGCUGAUGCCAUAGGGUGUGUGUGGAGUGAGUGUUUGCGUGUGAACCAGGAAGUGUUCAUCGGCCAUAGCAACAUCUCAUGUCACAUGAUGGACACGCCCGCCUGUCCUCUGGGAACAGAACUUCAGUGCAACACUGUGGACCACUGUUGUCCUGUGUGCCAAUGCACUCCUUUGGAUGUGUGUGUGAUGAACCACACAAUGAUUGGAGCAGGGGAACGUGUGAUGGUGGAUGUGUGUACUCACUGUGAGUGCUCCAUAGAGGAGGGCCUUGUUAAGAAGCCCCGCCUCUCCUGCCGAAAGAUCAGCUGUUCCCCAUGUCCAGAGGGUUACAAUAUGGAGCCGGUGGCUGACUCAUGUUGCGGUCGCUGUGUUGCAUCUGCCUGCACCAUCCAAAGGCCAGAUGGAGAGCUCAUCAGUCUGAAGGCCAACAGCUCUCGUGAGGAUGGCUGUGUGCUGCAUUCAUGUGGUGUAAACAGAGAUGGAGAUCUCGUGCUGGAGACCAGAAUCACCACCUGCCCUCCAAUCAAUCGCCAACAGUGCCUGGAUGAAGGGGGGACAAUUUCACAGAUUGGAAACAGCUGCUGUGAGAUGUGUACGGAGCCAGAAUGUAGGAAAGCCGUGGGAGUGCUGAACUAUAUCAGAGUGGAUGACUGUCAGUCUGAAGAGAAGAUAGAACUGCGUUUCUGCGAGGGUAAAUGCCGCAGCAAGUCAGUGUACUCUCUGGAGAAGCACGCCGUGGAACCCGAGUGUGUGUGCUGCUCUUCCACGGGCACCGAGCCUCUCAGCGUGGCACUCCGCUGUCCCAACGGAACACACACACACACAGAGCUGCUGUCCGUCACUGGCUGUGAAUGCCAGGCCCAUGCCUGCCCUGCUGAACACUGAGUCUGAGUGUGUCUGAGUGUGUGUGCGUGUGCGUGUGUGCGUUUGUGUGUGUGAAAGAGAGAGACAGAGAGAGACUGAAACAAAAUAGAGAGAAUGACACUGUAUGUAAGACAUGCAGGAUAGCAGAGAGAAGCCAAGAGAACAAUUACGUGAGACAGAAUGAGAGAGUGUGAGACAGAAAGAGAGAAUCGGUAUUAGAGAUAUACUGUAGAUAGAUACAGAAUUACAGAUAUAUGAAAACCAUUGAAGAUGUAUACUUUGAUCCACAGUUAUCCUUUCUGCACUUUAACAUAACCAGUCAGAUACGAAGUACAAACUGGACAUGUAGAUGUGUUCUUUUUCUAUUGUCAUCACAAGAAUGCUGCAAACUCAUAACAUGGCUGUAUUUGUCAUUAUACUAACACAACAGAAUAAACAUACAAAUAUAUCACACAA